CUUUGGAUGUUCCUGGUUGAUUGAUAUAAGGAUGGUCUUUCUCCUGGGACAGAUCUUCCAGAUUCCUUGGCAUUCCUGUGGAUCACCCCAAUGUGAGUAAAUUGUUUCUAUAGCUGAGUGACUGAAUUAAGAAAACAGCUGAGGGCAAGCACAGGAUCAUGUUCAAGCCACAAUGAACACGUGUUAGAUGAGCCACUCAACUUUAUGGGUUAGGCUUAAGGCAUGUAAGCUUGUGUUUACUUGUCACUUAUGGAAUUUGUUUCUAACUAUGUUGGAUAUAUUUUUUCUUAAGUUUUAAAAAUUAUUCUUUGUAUCAGUAAAGUCUGGUAAAAUCUAAUCUAGUAGAUUUGUGGUGUAAUACUUAUACAAUUACUAAGACGAUACGCAAAGUAGGAGUUGCACUACUUGGGAGCAGAAACUAAUUCUAAAAAAACUAGAAUCUAGAAUGCAAGUUUAAUGUAGUACAAACAAGGUGUCCACAGUAGCUGAAUAUUAUUUACUUAAAAUGUUUAUAUCCAGCUCUUUUUCAAAGAGCUCAAAAAAGUUUGUACACUAUCUGCAUUUGAAAACAUUACAGUAAAAAUGAAGAGAAAGAUGACUGCUAUUCAGACAUACUUGGGGUCCUUCUUCUGCAAGUCUUUUUUUUUUUUUCCCAUUUCAAACUGAUUUUAAUUCUUCCUAUUGAUUCCUAAUUCCAUUGCCCAACCAACUGUAUUUUAUCUUUCAGUAUGUAUCUCCUGCCACCUCAGUAUUCUAUACCUGGGUGAAAGGUAGGAUACCAGGCUUAUCAUGCGACAGUUUGCAGGGAAGUAGAAAUGGGUUCACUUACAGUGUAUAGAAGCAUUUUCCUUUGGAAAACCAAAUUUGUUAAAUGAAGUUCCACUUUUCCAUGUCCUUAUUCAAGACUUAGCAGCACUUAUGUUGACCAUACCGCAAGAUCUGAAUAGGACAGUAGGGGAAGAUUCUCUCUUUAAACAAAAAAAUAAAUUGUUGGAGCAUGUACAUACAUAGAAAACACAGAAACACAACUAAGUAGUCUUUUAGUUUCAGGGCAGGAUUAAGUAAGAGAGCAAACAAGCCUGUACACUGAAGAUAUAGCUUAUGCAGUAAUGAAAGUAACCUACCCAUAUAACUCUAAUCCAAUAACCUAUCCAUAUAACAUAUCCAUAUAUCCAUAUCCUUGUGCCCUCUUCCCUACUCAGGAAUAGUUCCUUUGACCUGUAUUAUUUUCAAGUUUUCCUCAAUACUCUUUUUCAUUUUGCCCAUUUCAAAGUUCCUAAACAGAAGGUAUAGUGAAGUUUCUGAUGUGAUCAUAAUAAACAAAUUUCAUAUCUAUUCGAUAUACUGCAGGGAGUCUCACAGUAACUAAAAAAGGUAGAAAGAUUUCUUAGUAAAUGCCAUGAGGUCAGGAAUUGGGGUAUAUUUUGUGUACUGCUUUAUAUCCAGUACCUAGUACACAGUAGGCAUAGGUAAAUAUUUGUCCAAUGAAUGAAUGGGAAGAAAUCCUACAAGCAGUUGUGUGAUUUAAUUAAGAAAGCUUGGGUUAAGCCAAUGUAUUUCAUGCUAUUCAAAUCUAAGAAUGAUCUUUAAAAAAAACCAAAUGACCAAUGGCAUUUAUCUGAUUUUUUAAAACACAGGCUUAUUCCAAGAUUGAAACAAUAGGGUUAACCUUUUUUUUUCCAAAUUAAUACUCUGAAAAUGCAUGAAAUUUAUGUCAAAGAGCCUAUACUUUUAACAAGGUAGAUUUUGGGGCAGACAUUGGUUUGGUUAAGGAUUCUUUUUCAUUGUUUGGUAAUGCUUAUGAAAGAAGAAAUCUGGCAUAGAUUUUUUUUCAAAAAUAAUAUACAAAAAGUUUAUUCCAGGUACUACGAAAUAACUAGCUGUUGUAAUAUGUUACAUUAUAUAGUAUUUUGACUUUUAAACAGUAUCCUGAUUAGUCUUUUUCUGAAAAAGUUAUCCAAACUCAUUUGUUACUGGGUUUAUUCUCAGGCUGACGGCUUUCUCCUCUCCAUUUUUUCUGUGAUCGCUAAUUAACAACUUUUUUUUUCUAGUUAACAACUUUUAAUGUUUGUUAUCGUCUGCUUUUGCUUAACCUUUGGACAAACAGUUCGAAAAACUCUCAGCUUUAAAAUAUUAGAACUUAGCUCCAUACUGGCUUUUCAUAGCCAAAUUUCCUAAAAUGUAUCAGUGAUUUAAUGAGAAUCAGUUUCUAUUCCUUAAAACUAAUUUCCUGAAAAGUUAAGGGCUUUGAUAUAUUUUUAAAAUAAUGCCUCUUUUUUUGGACAGAUGGAAUGUGUUCUAUAAUGAAUUCAGUAUUUACUUCAAACACAAGUCAAUAAACAACCUGGGCCUCUAGCUGUAAGUGAAAUUCUAUAGGAAGAAAAACCGAUUGACCCCCACUGCCCAUAGGUGCUGUCCUGCUGUGGAAUCCCUUUGCUCAGUUUUCUCCUAUCCAAUCAGGUGGAAUGUUUCACAGGCACAUGGUUUAUACAGCUCAAAAUAACUUGGGACCUGUGAGCUGACAAAUGCUCUGGCUCCGGUGGUGACAGGUUGUCCAGCUUCUAACAGCCAUCUUCACUGAAACUAAGGUUAACUCCUCACUUUCUAUGGACAGCUACACCCUAUUUCCAAGGGCGUGAAGAAUUUUCUUUUUCUUCCGUGCUUUCAUCUAAAAGUUCUCCUUGGAUAAUUAUCAUCACAGUGGAGUGCCGGGGUUGGACAUCCUCAUCUGGGUCAACUAAAAAAAGAAAGCAUGCAAGACGACAGCCUAGAAGCCUCUACUUCCAUAUCUCAGCUUUUAAGAGAGAGCUACUUAGCUGAAACUAGACAUCAGGGAAACAACGAGAGGAGCCGCGCAGAGCCCUCUUCCAACCCCUUCCAUUUUAGCAGUUCUUCUGGAGCUGCUGAAGGUGGAGGAGGCCAAGACGACCUUCCAGAUCUUUCAGCCUUUCUGAGCCAAGAAGAAUUAGAUGAAAGUGUCAAUCUGGCAAGAUUGGCAAUUAAUCAUGACCCAUUGGAGAAAGCAGAUGACACUCCAGCUAGAAAACGUUUUUCUUCUGACCAGAUGAAACAUUCACCUAAGUCAAGUUUUGACCCUAGCUUCUGCCAGGAUAACUCUCGAAGUCCUACCAACUCUAAAGAGAGCCUCCAAGAGGCAAAAAGGCCACAGUAUAGUUCUGAAACCCAGUCCAAAAAAGUAUUCUUAAAUAAGGCUGCUGAUUUCAUUGAAGAGCUGUCAUCCCUUUUCAAAGCCCACAGCUCCAAAAGGAUUAGACCGCGUGCCUGCAAGAACCACAAGAGUAAACUGGAAUCUCAAAACAAAGUUAUGCAGGAAAACAGUUCCAGUUUCUCAGAUCUCUCAGAGAGAAGAGAAAGAUCUUCUGUUCCCAUCCCCAUCCCUGCAGAUACCAGGGAUAAUGAAGUGAACCAUGCCCUUGAGCAGCAGGAAGCCAAGAGGCGUGAAGCUGAGCAGGCCGCCGGUGAGGCAGCAGGUGGGGACACCACUCCGGGGUCUUCUCCUUCAUCUCUGUACUACGAAGAACCUCUCGGGCAACCUCCCCGGUUCACUCAAAAAUUACGGAGCAGAGAAGUUCCAGAAGGAACCAGAGUUCAGUUGGAUUGCAUAGUGGUAGGAAUUCCACCACCUCAAGUAAGGUGGUACUGUGAAGGCAAGGAGCUUGAAAAUUCCCCAGACAUUCAUAUCAUCCAGGCAGGAAAUCUGCACUCACUGACCAUUGCUGAAGCCUUUGAAGAGGACACAGGACGCUAUUCCUGCUUUGCUUCCAACAUCUAUGGGACAGAUUCAACUUCUGCUGAGAUUUACAUAGAAGGGGUUUCUUCCUCUGACUCAGAAGGUGACCCUAACAAGGGCGAAAUGAAUCGAAUCCAGAAGCCAAAUGAGGUGUCAUCCCCUCCCACUACUUCUGCAGCCAUUCCUUCAGCAGGACCCCCAGCCCAGAAUGUGGGGGCCCAGCCCACGGUGUCAACCAUUCAGCAGUGUCAGAGCCCUACCAACUAUCUGCAAGGAUUGGACGGAAAACCUAUCAUUGCAGCUCCUGUGUUUACAAAGAUGUUACAAAAUCUAUCAGCUUCUGAGGGUCAGCUGGUUGUCUUCGAAUGCAGAGUAAAAGGAGCUCCAUCUCCUAAAGUUGAGUGGUACAGAGAGGGGACCUUGAUAGAAGAUUCUCCAGAUUUUAGAAUUUUACAGAAAAAACCUCGAUCCAUGGCGGAGCCAGAGGAAAUUUGUACUUUGGUCAUUGCCGAGGUAUUUGCAGAAGACUCUGGGUGCUUCACAUGUACUGCAAGCAACAAAUACGGCACAGUGUCAAGCAUUGCACAGCUAGAUGUAAGAGGAAGUGAAGACCUCAGAAGUAAUGGGUCUCUUCACUCAGCCAACUCCACUACCAACCUGGCUGUUAUUGAGCAACAGCCAUCCCCACCGAACCCAGAGCCUCCAUCUGUGGAGCAACCCCCUAAACCCAAACUGGAAGGGGUUCUGGUGAACCACAAUGAGCCUCGGUCCAGCUCAAGGAUUGGGCUCCGUGUGCACUUCAACCUGCCUGAAGACGACAAAGGAAGUGAAGCAUCCUCUGAGGGUGGCAUGGUCACUAUCAACCAGACCAGGCCUGAUUCUUUCCAGGAGAGAUUCAAUGGACAGUCAGCAAAAAUCCCUGAGCCUUCCUCGCCUGUCAAAGAGCCCCCUCCAGUUCUGGCCAAACCCAAACUAGAUUCCAGCCAGCUACAACAGCUUCACAACCAAGUCUUACUGGAACAACAGCAGUUGCAAAACCCAUCCCCUUCAUCUCCUAAGGAGUUUCCUUUCCACAUGAGUGUUUUGAAUUCCUCGGCUGCCCCAGGGGUGACAAUGUCCAGCAAGCAGGUGAAAGCCCCUUCAUCACAGACCUUCAGCCUGGUCCGGCCAAAGCAUUUCUUCCCCUCUGCGAGCACAGCCUCGGCAACCGUGUCCCCUUCCAGUUCUCCCGUGUUCGCCCUGAGCAGCACUCCGCAAGCCAUGCAGAGGACAGUCAGCAAAGAAAGCCUCUUAGUUUCUCACCCCUUGGCGCAAACCAAAUCUCUAGGAGGGGUUUCCGUCCAAAACGAGCCCCCCGCUCCAGGUCCUGUAGAGCCAGCACAACCACCACUCACGUUCUCCAUCUCCAGCGGAAACCAGUUUCAGCCCCGCUGUGUAUCACCAACUCCUGUCUCUCCCACCAGUCGGAUUCAGAACCCAGUGGCUUUCCUCAGCUCCGUUCUGCCUUCUCUCCCUGCCAUCCCACCCACCAAUGCCAUGGGGCUGCCUAGAAGCGCACCAACUGUGCCAUCCCAGGGACUAAUGAAGAAAAACACAAAGUCUUCCCAACCAGUGAGUGAUGACUAUAUUCGUGAAACUAAGAAUGCAGUGAUUCUAGACUUGGGGAAAAAAAUGAAUUUCAGCGAUGUCAGAUCAAACCAACAGGAGUACAAAAUUUCAAGCUUUGAGCAGAGGCUGAUGAAUGAAAUAGAGUUUCGCUUGGAACGUACCCCUGUUGAUGAAUCAGAUGAUGAAAUUCAACAUGAUGAGAUCCCCACGGGCAAGUGUAUUGCUCCCAUCUUUGACAAAAGACUCAAGCACUUCCGGGUCACUGAAGGCUCUCCAGUCACAUUCACCUGCAAAAUUGUUGGGAUCCCAGUCCCAAAGGUUUACUGGUUCAAAGAUGGAAAGCAGAUUUCAAAGAGAAAUGAGCACUGCAAAAUGAGGCGAGAAGGAGACGGGACAUGUUCUCUGCACAUUGACUCCACCACCAGUGAUGACGAUGGCAACUACACCAUCAUGGCUGCCAACCCCCAGGGGAGAAUCAGCUGCUCUGGCCACUUGAUGGUACAAGGUUUGCCCAUUCGAAGUCGACUAACAGCUGCUAGUCAGUCUCACAGAGGAAGGUCUCGAGUGCAAGAAAGAGACAAAGAGCCCCUACAGGAACGAUUUUUCCGACCACAUUUCCUGCAGGCUCCUGGGGAUAUGGUGGCUCACGAGGGUCGCCUCUGUCGCCUGGACUGCAAGGUGAGUGGCUUACCGCCCCCAGAGCUGACGUGGCUGCUCAACGGCCAGCCUGUGCUCCCAGAUGCCUCCCACAAGAUGCUGGUCAGGGAGACCGGAGUCCACUCUCUGCUCAUUGACCCACUCACUCAACGCGACGCGGGAACCUAUACCUGUGUUGCUACCAACAAAACCGGGCAGAAUUCCUUUAGUCUGGAGCUCACUGUAGUAGCCAAAGAAGUGAAGAAGGCACCAGUCAUCCUGGAGAAGCUGCAGAACAGUGGUGUUCCCGAAGGCCACCCGGUGAGACUGGAGUGCCGCGUGAUAGGCAUGCCUCCACCCGUGUUCUACUGGAAGAAAGACAACGAGACCAUCCCUUUCACCCGAGAGAGGAUCAGCAUGCACCAGGACACAACUGGGUAUGUGUGCCUCCUCAUUCAGCCAGCCAAGAAAUCAGACGCUGGAUGGUACACACUGUCAGCCAAGAAUGAAGCCGGCAUCGUGUCGUGCACUGCCAGGUUGGAUAUAUACGCUCAGUGGCACCACCAGAUCCCACCACCCAUGUCGGUCCGGCCCAGUGGCAGUCGCUACGGAUCUCUCACCAGCAAAGGACUUGACAUUUUCUCUGCUUUCUCCUCCGUGGAAAGCACGAUGGUGUAUUCAUGCUCUUCUCGGAGUGUAGUGGAGAGUGAUGAACUUUAAGAACGUCUGGGUGCCUGCUGGGUAAGGGGGCAGACUGCGGAGGGGGAAGGAGGAUGAGCCAGAUAAGGUGGUUUCCAAGCAACUGGAUUUGAGAAAGUUCCCACGCUGCCGGACCUGUGGCAAGGAGAGCGUUAAGUCAGCUGGGACUCCUGCCAUCUCAGCUGGGGGAAGAGAUGGAGGGCUGUGCCUUUUAAGGUUCCAACCAAAAUGUGAGAAGACAAUACAGAUGAACCAAAGAUGUCAUGCAGCUGCCAUCCACUGCUUUGGGAAAAAGCUAGCAUGCUUCCCUGCUCCCUUCUGUGUUAAGGAUGUUUAGGCUCUCCUAGGAGCAAUUAGGGGCCAGAGGCUUGGGCCAAUAGGAAUUAGACAGUAAUGACCUUAGGUAUCACUAACUCACCAAACAAUGCAAAAGAAAAAGGCAGAGGGGGGAUCCAUCAUCUUUCAAUGAUUACAUCCAUAGCAGUAGUAUUGGUGGAUUCAUUAAGUCAGCUUCUACUUAGCACUAGAAGAGGGUGCCAUACAACUCACAUAUGUGGAAAAGCACUUUUGAUUUGCUUGCCCUGGGUGUACUGAGCCACAUAAUAAAGUUCCAAAAUGUGCUUGAGAUUAAAAAAAAAAAUUCACUGAAAAUCUCAAUAUUGCACAGUGCACUUAUUCUGUAGCCAAAACAGGGCCCCACCAGCCUAUCUGCACCAUUUUCUUUUGGAUACCAUGGUGAGCGGGUUUUUUUUUUUUUUUUCUGACUUUGUAUAUCCCUAGAUGCUAGAACUAAAGGGUUGUAAUAAACCAACCAGAAAGAAAUCUUCUGCAGGGUCACUUUUAAAAUUACUAGCUUCAGUUGCCACUUGCAAAAUAGUCAUCGACAUCAACUGCUCACAGAAUAUUGACUCUCCUGUUUCUCCCUCAUCCCCAAAAGUCUGCAAGUAUAUGAAGCAGUGAGGAAUGAAGAGAUGCAAACAAGGAGAGAAGUGAUGGGAGCGUGUUGUUGUGUGUUUGUUGUUUUUUUUUCCAUUUGCCCGAGCAAAGCAGUGGUUGUAGAAGGAGAGGUCUUUCAUAGUUGUGAACUGCUUUGAGAUCAUUAGUCAAAUUGCAUUUUAUAUACAGAAAAUAUUAUGCUAACUGAGAAAAUGGGAGGAACAGGGAAUGUGCAUCUUUAUUCUAACCCAGCAAUUAAAAACCUGCCUCUCCGCUUAAGGAAUUUUUAGACUUUCGUUCACUGUGAUAUCCCAAUACCUGGAAGAGUGCUUUGCACAAAGCAGACAUUCAAUAAAUAUUUGCUGGGUGAAUAAAUCUUAUAUCAGAGAAUCUACAAUGCAUGCACCAGUCAAAAAUUUACCCCAGGAAUGGUCAUCACAGCACAGUUUGCUCCAGAUUCACCAGGGAGAUGAAUGAGAGUGUCUGUUAACAACUCUCUGUGCUCAAGUCUCUGGUGUUCUCUGAGCCAGGCACCCUCAGCUGGUAUCUUACAUAAGUGAACAAAUAGUAAUUGCUUAGAAAGGCUUGAGACUUUCUUCACUUCAAGGCAAGGAUUUCCGGUACAAAAAUAAAUUCAUUCACUCAAAAAAU